AUGGGUAAAGAAAAGGUUUACAUCAACAUUGUGGUUAUUGGCCAUGCCGACUCUGGGCAGUCAACCACAACUAGACACCUCAUCUAUAAGCUUGGAGGUAUCGACAAGCGUGUUAUUGAACGGUUCGAGAAGGAAGUUGUUGAGAUAAACAAGAAGUACUUCAAGUCUGCCUGGGUUCUCGACAAGCUCAAGGCUGACCGUGAACGUGGUAUCACAAUCGACAUUGCACUAUUGAAAUUCGAGACCACCAAUACCUCUCAGGCUGACUGUGGCGCUCUCAUCAUUAACUCCGCAAUUGGAUGCUUUGAGGCUGGUAUUUAUAAGGAUGGUCAAUACCGUGAGAACGCCUUGCUUGCUUACACCCUUGGGGUCAAGCUGAUGAUCUGCUGCUGUAACAAGAUGGAUGAGAUCGUGAAGGAGGUGUCUUCUUACCUCAAGAAGGUUGGGUACAACCCUGAUAAGAUCCCAUCUACUCCCAUCUCUGGCUUCGAAGGUGACAAAUUUAUUGAAAGGUCCACCAACCUUGAGUGGUACACGAGCUCUAAACUCCUUGAGGCUCUAGACAUGAUCAACGAGCCCAAGAGGCCCUCAAACAAGCGUCUUCGCAUCACCACUGAGGUUAAGUCCGUUCAUAUGCACCUCGAGGUAAUGCAAGAGUCUCUCCCUGGUGACAAUGUUGGCAAUGUGAAGAAUGUUGUUGUCAAGGACUUGAAGCGUGGUUACGUGGCUUCCAACUCAAAGGAUGACUCUGCCAAGGAGAAUGCUAAUUUUACCUCGUAG